AACAAAUCUCUAUAUAAAGCUCACUACAAAAGAGAAGUGUUCUUUUAUAAACAAACAAGAAAGAAAGAAGAAGAAAGAAAUGUCUGUCCAAAAAGCUGUCAAGAGUUCUCAUUACCAGGCAGAAUCCAACAUGGAACAAGAUAUCGUUAGAAAAGCAUGGGUCUUUAAGCCAAGUGGUCUUAAUUUCAUAUGGGGAGGUGAUUCUCAGUAUUGGGUCAUCCCUAAAGAAGACAGGACGCCUGCUGAACUAAAGAUGGUGAGUUGGUUAGAAGUAACCGGUUCGUACGACAAGAUAGAGCCAGGCAAAACAUACCGAAUCGGUUUUAAAAUCUCGUUAACAGCUGAUGCAACCGGAUGGGACCAAGCUCCGGUUUUCAUGUCAGCUAAAAUUGGAAAGAAAGGGAAGACAAUUUGGAAGAGGAUCAAAUCGCUUAACAAUAAUAUUGAGAAACUCAAAGCUGGAAUCGGACCAGUGAACAUACCAGAUGAUACUGAUGGUCGGUUUGAGGUCUUUGUCAGUCCCAAUAUAACAAUUAACCAAGACACCAAGCUUCAAUUUGGUUUGUAUGAAGUGUGGACUGGAAAAUGGAAAACAGGUUUGUUGAUCUAUGAGGCUUUUGUUGAAGAAGUGUAAAAGAGAUUAUGAAUCAGUUCUAAAGACUAUUAUAUAUCUUAAACUUCAAUGUGCCAAGAACCAUUUCAACGUGUA